AACAGCAAAGUAAUGCAAAAAGUCCUCCUAAAACUGCUCUCCAGGCAAAACAUAACCCACAUCCCCAUGCACAACCCCCGCGACGCCCUAUCCUACCUCUCCGACCCACACAACCCGCGUCCGAAUUUCAUUUUUCUCAAGAUGCAAAUUCCUGUAAUGCAUCCACAGGAAUUCAUCCAUAUCUUGCGCACACAACCGCCAUUCGCAAAUGAUCCGGUUCUACGUGCGGCACCGGUGAUAGGUAUGGAUGCGUCCAGGGUCCGGGAGAGUCGCGAGAAAUUCAUUCGUGAGUGGGGGUUUGAUGAUGUUAUUCCGCGGCUGAUGAAGAUGAAGGUGUUGCGGGAUGUGUUGUUGUAUUGGUCGAGGAGGGAGGUGGUUGCGAAUCAGGGUUCU